UCUCCCGGUCCCAUUGGAUACCGUUGGUGAAAUCCUCGUGUAUUUAUUGAGUUCAGUAAACGCCUUGAUAUAUUCGAUAAUCAUGUUGAAAUAUAUUAUACUCUUCGCUACUGUGUUCUACAUGGUGCAGUCGCAACGACCAUGGCAUGCUGGUACCGGUAAUCGUCUGCCCCAGGUUCUACCUCAAUAUAUUGAUGAGCGAAUGGCGGCGGAGCAAGCAGCUCAAGCAGGUCAAGCAGCUCAAGGAGACCAAAUAAUCCCAGCGGGUCAAGGAACUCAAGGAAUUCCAGUGGGUCAAGGGGUUCAAGGAGUCCCAGUGGGCCAAGGGGUUCAAGGAAUCCCAGUGGGCCAAGGGGUUCAAGGAAUCCCAGCGGGUCAAGGAACACAAGGAAUUCCAGUGGGCCAAGGAACUCAGGGAAUCCCAUUGGGCCAAGGGGCUCAAGGAACUCCAGUGGGUCAAGAGACUCAAGGAAUUCCAGUAGGCCAAGGAGCUCAAGGAAUUCCAGUAGGCCAAGGGGUUCAAGAAAUUCCAGUACGUCAAGGAUCUCAAGGAAUUCCAACGUACAAAGGAACUCAAGGAAUUCCAACGUACCAAGGAGCUCAAGGAAUUCCAACGUACCAAGGAGCUCAAGGAAUUCCAACGUACCAAGGAGCUCAAGGAAUUCCAACGUACCAAGGAACUCAAACUGGUACCGAUAGCACGUUGCUUGGAAAUCGAAUAGGUGAUGGAGACAGCGGCUUUGCAGCUGCAGCUGCACCGCCCCUGAGCACGACCAUAAAUCCAGCUGAUUUACCAGUCGAUGCUCACGGCGACAUUGACUUGGUAAAUAGGAUCAAGACCUGGCCGAGAGACAAGCAACCCUUUUGGUACAUUAACUGGCAGGCGAUUCAAGCUCAUCGUGGCGACGUGAACAACACCGCCCGGCCAGCCCAAACGCAACCGAAUUCAAGAUCGUUUUUCGCGGGUUAAGACAUCGAAUGAAUAUUGCAAAUCGAACAACCAACAAGACUGUAAAUUUAAGCAUUUGUUUCUAAUAAUAGAUUAAGGACUCAAUCGUCGAUACAUAUUUAUGGCCGUUGACGACAGCGGUUAUUCCUAGUCAAAACCGUCUCUUUGGAAAAAUAUGCGAUUUCAUGUUUCGAAGAGUCGUCAAUCAAGAUUAUUACAUCGAUCCGGUUUCUCGAGGAUAGAGGAUUCGGAGGCGAUCGAAACAAAUGUCAUGUGAUUGUGCGAAUUCGCAUGACUUGCCUUCGUAAUAGAAUUAGUGAUCAAAUUUUUAUAUGAAAAGACAGAAAAGACGAUAUUAUGUGAAAGUUCAACCACAAAAUAAAUGUUAGUACUUCCAAAAAAACGAUUGUAAACUUUUAUUUCAAAACGU